AUGGCCGACAGCAUCUUGAAUGAGCUGAACGCUGCUAAUCUCUUCGACCUCCGCGGGGUGGUUGCUGUAGUCACAGGAGGGGGGACGGGCAUUGGGAUGAUGAUAAGUUCCACCCUCGUUGCGAAUGGCGCGACUGUGUAUAUCAUUGGACCAGAUCAGGCAAAUCUGGACAAAGUGGCUAGCAAUUACAAUGCUGCCUGUGUGAACGACCCUCGUAGAGGACGAAUGCAUGGAUUGGAAGGCGACAUCCGACUCAAGUCAGAGGCCAAACGUCUCGCAGACGAAAUCAGCAAGAGGGAGAAAUACGUAACCGCAUUAUUCAACAACGCUGGAGUUGGUGGUGGCAAAUUCGACAGACCGACCGAGGCUACCGCGGCUGCGUUCGUCCGCAAUCUCUUCGACGCGAUAAAUCCUGAGGACUUCGAUAACACGAUACGCACGAAUGCGGUCGGUGCGUACUGGAUGAGCAUCGCAUUCCUGCCCUUGCUUGAGAAGUGGAAGAACGCGGACGAGCCUGCUGCGAGGAAAUUCGUCCCGCAGAUCAUCAUGACGAGCAGUAUGAAUGGUUGGACCAAGGAUGCUGCUACUUCGAGCUUCUCGUUCCCGUACCUCUUCUCCAAGAGUGCUAUAGGCCAUUUUACUUCUACUUUGGCACACGAGCUGCUGCCACUUGGGAUCAGAGUCAAUGGAAUAGCACCUGGAUUGUUCCACACCGAGAUGGCCAUACCAGGCUCAGCCGACGAGCUUGGGGUAUCAAAGCCCACCCACAAACUCACUUGGCCCUUCCAGAUUCCAGUCGGACUGGAGACCGGGUCGAGAUCUGAUAUGGGGACCUUGGCUCUGUUCCUUGUCGCGAAUCACUUCGUGAACGGCGAAACUGUCUUGAUCGACGGAGGAACGUUGCUCAAGCAUCCGUCAUCUUAUUAG